CACAGACUAUGCAUUCCCCUGCAACCAAGAUGGCCAGCAAUCAAAACAACAGCAACAGGCAUGAAGCAGACAGGCCCAAGCACAACACAGCAGCACAAAAAUCAGCACAACACAGCAGCAACAAGCAUCAAACCAAAACAGAGAUCCUUCGCAAGUUAGGAAGUGGAUCCAUAGCAAGCCAAUUGCAGAAGAGCAACAGGCAUGAAGCAGACAGGCCCAAGCAUAACACAGCAACACAAAAAAUAGUACAACACAGCAGCAACAAGCAUCGAGCAGCCAGGCCCAAGCACAUAAAUCAAAACUAA